AAAUUCUCAUGCGAGCGAAUACGCGAAAGGAAGAUUUAGGAAUCGAACCUUGUAUGGACUGUCAGCACCGAGCAUUGAACGGCGCACGACAAAUCCAGCCUUUGUUUGAUAUCCAGAUGCCAGAGAGCACCGUAUAUUCUCAACCCUAGCUUAAUUGGCUCUCCUCGAGGAGGCUUCGAGGAAAUGCAGCCCCGAGCGGGAGCUUCGAUGCUUCGCGCCCCUCGUACCAUCACCCGAUCCUUGCAGGCGUCAGCGUGCUUGGAGUGCCAAAGAGUUGCUACACCGAAUGUCCGGAUACGGCAGUCGAGGGCGCUAUAUCAUACCACGCGCAGGAAGUCCUCGGCCUGGGCGGCAGCCGUCUCGGUGGCAGGGAACAUCGUCUCCAAUGCAAUCACACGGGCAACAAAGGGCGACAUGCCCGUCGACCCCCUCAGGAUCGUGGCGAAGGAGAUGAAGUUCCUGACCGGCAAUAUCAGGAAGCUGCUAGGAUCGGGCCACCCCUCCCUGGACCGGGCAGCGAAAUACUACACACAGGCUGAAGGCAAGCAUGUCAGGCCGCUGAUCGUGCUGCUCAUGUCCCGGGCAACGUCGCUCUGCCCAAAGGGGCCCCAGCGGCAACAGUCGACCCUCCAAGCCUCUGCCGGCAUCGACACGUCGUUAUCUCCCCUCUCGAUCCUCUCAGACUUCAACCCCUCGUCUUCGUCGUCGACGACCAAACCCGACCUCGAAUCCACCACCGAGCCCGACAUCCUCCCAACGCAGCGGCGCCUAGCCGAGAUCACCGAGCUGAUCCAUACGGCGUCGCUGCUGCACGACGAUGUGAUCGACCACAGCGUCUCGCGGCGGGGGGCGCCGUCGGCCAACCUCGAGUUCGGCAACAAGAUGGCGGUGCUGGCGGGCGACUUCCUGCUUGGGCGGGCGUCGGUGGCGCUGGCGCGGCUGCGCAACGCCGAAGUCAUCGAGCUGCUGGCGACCGUGAUCGCCAACCUAGUCGAGGGCGAGUUCAUGCAGCUCAAGAACACGGCCCGCGACGAGGCCAACCCGGUCUGGAGCGAGGACGCCCUCACGUACUACCUCCAGAAGACGUACCUCAAGACGGCGUCGCUCAUCAGCAAGAGCUGCCGCGCCGCCGCCCUGCUCGGGGGCGCCGACGCCCCGAGCGUCGAGGCGGCGUACGCGUACGGGAAGAACCUUGGGCUGGCGUUCCAGCUCGUCGACGACAUGCUCGACUACACGAGGAGCGGGAGGGAGCUGGGCAAGCCGGCGGGCGCGGACCUGGAGCUGGGGCUGGCGACAGCGCCGCUGCUUUUCGCGUGGAAGACGAUGCCCGAGCUGGGGGCGCUGGUGGGGAGGAAGUUUGAGAGGGAGGGCGACGUGGAGAGGGCACGCGCUCUAGUCAUGCAGAGCGAUGGAAUUGCGCAGACGCGGGCUCUCGCAGAGGACUAUGCCGAGAAGGCCAUUGCAGCAAUUAGUCCGUUCCCGGAUAGCGAGGCUAAGGACGGGCUGAUCGAGAUGGCAGUCAAGACCCUCAAACGACAGAAGUGAAUGAGGGACGUCGGUGAUUCCAUCUAGCGGUGCGCCCACCUGCACCUGGCUCAAGCCGGGGUGCUGUCAAAAUCCGGAAGAGAAUAAGAGAGAGACUGAUGUACGAUUGCGGAUAGAUAUGGGAAUAUCGUGAGAACCAAUGUGUAAGUACUGGUGAUCUAGACACUUUAGGGAGAUGGCCCCGUGUACCAAAACAGAAGAGCUCGCAUUUGGGUUUUGAAUCGCAUUUUCGGCGGCGCAAGAGGGGGUGGUCAAGUCAAGCAAUAGACAGGCAUUCCAGCUCACUACUACGAGGUGCCCCAUCGUAUCGUUUCUACGGGAACUGACAUUGUGAUCUCGGGGGGUUCAUCCCCUAUAAAUUCUUCUACCUGGAUAUACCGAUUCCUACAGUCAUGGUU